AUUCCAGCCAGUAUGACUAGUGGCCAUGCUGGAUAAAAAUGUAUAGGAACUAAUGAGCAAAAUCGAUCAUAAUCACUGAUGAAGCAAAUAUGGAAGGAGAUGCCUUCAAACCAGACAUUCAAGUCUUUAGGGGUUUCAGGGUCAAAAUGAAAACUAUAACCAGAAAUGAAUUGGGAGGUGGUACAGCAGGUAGAAUGGAUUAUAUAGGUCUAUCUCAAUUAUGGAACAAAUGCCAAUUUCAGACCACUUUGAAAGGCACUUCUAAAUGUUUUAAGGUCAUUUUUAGGAUCUGAGAGGGACUUCUGCAUGAUUUUAUUCCAUGUUAGAUUCUGAGAACAAAGCAAAGCAGUCUGGCAGGGGCCUUCAACAUGUUUAGCCCUUCUCCUCAUUGUCUCGAACUAAAAUGUUCCAGGUUCUUGAUGAUAGUCAUCAACUUGAUUUCACUCUUGUCUCUCUCAUUAUUUCCUGUUUGUUUUUAUUGAUCUCAAUAGCUGUUAACUUUGAAACAGCAGAACCCAAUCUUGGGAGUUAUACUUGCUGUCACCUGGCACAAUAGGGGCUCCUCAUGGAAAGUGAAAAAGAUACUGCUCUGACACUUUCUUUUUGUGUUCUUCAGUUGAGGUCAAGAUGACACAGUGGAACUCAAAGAUAAAAGACCAGAAAUCACUUACCAUGAAGCCCAUCCCCUUCCAUUCAGUGAAUCCUCCAUAAAUACCAGUCCUCUCAACCACUCUCUUCAUCCAACCUGGUGAGUGACUUCUCCUUCACUGGAUCCUACAACUCAAGCUUCAUCAUGAAGGCCAUUUUCCUUGCCUUGGCAGUACUCCUGGUGUGCAUUGUGGCCACAGAAGCCUAUCCGUAUCCAAGCAAAGGCAAAUGCGGCACUCACUGUCAUCCUGGAUAUUGUCAAAAACAUUGUGCCCAUGGUGUCAAUGCUGCUGCAAACUGUGCCUGUGCGGCCCAAGGAUAUGGAUAUCAGUGCUGCCUCCCACCACCGCCGCCACCACCUCCACCGCCACCACCUCCUCCUCCACCUCCGCCUCCACCACCACCACCUCCUCCACCACCACCUCCUCCUCCACCACCGCCUCCUAAAAAACAUCACUGGGCACCACCACCACAGCCUCACAAGAAAGGCUGAGCACCUUGGGAACCAAUGCAGAGGAAUGUGACAGCCAUUUCUUCAGCAGUUGCAAAAUAAAUAUUUUUCUCCUUCUAUUGAAAAAAUAAAAAGUUUUAAAAACUCAA